AAUUUUCACAAAGACUGGAAAAAUUGGAAACCGAAUUUAAAAAAAGUCAAUCUAUAUCUAUAUCAAGCCUUGGAAUUCAACAUAUGAACAAGAUCAAAGAUACCCUAAAACUCAAAUUUAUAGUAAUGGAUUGCUCUUUUCUAAAAAGCAAUAUAAGUGAAAUUAAUUCUUUCAGUUGGAACUAUAACAUGACCGAGGUUAAACAACAGGAUAAAUACACAGCAUAUUUGCAUCAGAUAAUAACUUUGCCAUUGGAUUUUGAGUGGUAUGAUGCUAGAACUAAUAUAAAAUUUCUCAAUGCAGUGGAUCAACCAUGGCUACCUUUUAAUUUGAAAGGUACAACCGAUAUUGCAAUUCUUGAUAAAGGGUAUUCAGUUGCUUAUGGUCAAGAAGCUUCUGGAAUCAGAGUAACUAUAGAAUUAAAAAAGAAAGAACAAGUGAAACAGAAUGCAAGAUUUCAAACACAAGCUCAGCUCCUCAUAGCUAACCAUUAUUCUAAUAACAAUAUAUUAUCACUCUUAACUGAUCUCAAUGAUUAUUGGGAGUUUUUCUGGGAAUAUGACACUGAAAUAUGUUUUUGCCGACCAACUUCUAGAGAACUUGCUGUCAAAAUGCUGCAAGAUUAUGUAAAUGCAGAAAGUAAUUACAGCAAUGUACCUUUAGGAAGUGAGUUUAAUGUCAAUGAAAAUGAUUAUCCACUUUCAAAGAGAAGAAAGUUGAAGUCCUAG